AUACCGCGUUUGAAAAGAGUAAAAUUUCAUAUCAAAUUCAUAUCGAAGGUUCUGCGGCGAAAAGACCAAUCUGAGUUUUUUUUUUUUUUGCAGAGGACCAAUCUGUCCAGAAGUGCUAAUACCACUGAAGUGCCAAAAGGCCAGAUUGACCCUUUCGCCUCAAAACCGUCGAUAUGCAUAAAACAACGAUUUCGAAUAAAUGCUCGAUUAGAUAAUUUGUACUUUUAAACUGUAUUUUCGUGUGAUUGAUUCUCAAAUUCAUCAUGGAGAAUAAAGAAUUCAAAAGAAGAAAUAAAAAUCUCGCCACGCAAAUUGAAAAACAGAAGCGCAUCGAAAAUGAUUUAUUAUGCAGAAUUUCACAACUCGAGAAAAAACAAUUGGAAGAUGAUGUGAUGCUGUGUGGUAUCAAUAGAUAUUGGAAAGUUUUAGACGAAAAUUGCAGAAUUUUUUCCAAACAAUUUGAUGCCAAGUGCUCGAUGAACAUGUUUGAUAAAUUCGAUAGCAGCGCCGAUUCGUUUCUUAUUCAAUUGUCUACUUACGAUGUGGAAGAACUUAAUGAAAAGUUGGAAAAAAGAGUUCAAAUUUCAAAACAAAAUGUGAAAAAGUUGAUGCUGUCUUUAUACAAAUUAAUCACAAGGACAAACACCUUGAAGAACUUUCAAAAAAAUGGAGUGAAACUAAAGCCUCAAAAUAUAAAAAGAUUCCAGCAGAACAUCAAAUUACGCAAGAAAAUCAUCACACUGCAUAAAGACUACUACACUUUUAAUUUGCGGAUGAAAACAAAACAAGACGUCUUAACUUUGAAAGAAACUGAAAACGACGAAAUGAAGAAUCGAAUCGAUAAUUUGCAAUAUCAAAAUACUAAAAUGAAAGCAGCUACUGAUGAGAUGGAACACAAUUUGGCGGAAUUAAUGGAUGAAAUAAAACAACUAGAAGAUGCCGACGAUUUAAACGAGGCUGAAGCUAUCGAGCGAAAUUCUUCGCCAGUCGAUACAAUCGAUAAAUCUGGCGAACUCGAGAAAGAAAUUGAGCAUCAGAGACAACUUUCUGAACAAUAUUUACAAGAACUUCAGAUUAUGAACAUGAAACAGCAAGAAGCUGCCAAACAAGUUGAAACGCUCAAAAUAGACGCGUGCCAAUUACCUGAAAAAGUAAUCAUACAGUCUAAAAAAUAUAAAUACCUGCAAUCGAAAUUUUCCAUCCUGUACAAUGAAUCUUCUCAAUUGCGACUAAGCUGGGAAGAGGUGCAAAAACAAAUGCAAAUUUUAAAAACAUCUUUUAAUGCUGCUCAAGAAACUUCCGAACGCGAGUGCUUGGUACAACAGAAAAGCAUGCGUCAAGAAAUGAUCAAAUUAGAUGACACGAAUGGUCAACUUCGAAAAGAAUGUCGUAAAUUGAAAAUGGAAUUAGAACAAUCGGUCGCAGAAACCAACCUAUUUGGAUCGCUGAAUUCAGAAAUGAAAAAAUUAAUGAGCUCGAUGUUAGAUUACUGCAAACAACACGAAAGCGAUAUUAAAAGAUACAAACGUAAACACGAAGAAAUUGAGGAGGACAUUCGAUUCUCCAAAGCAAUGCCUCCGAUGAAAAUAAAAUGCGAUAAAUUACUGCAACUUGUUCGAUAUCGAGAAUUUCAUCGCAGACGACUCAAAGAAAAAGAACUCCUGAAAGAGGGAUCCAAAGAGGCUUAUUUGAAAAUGCCUCCUCCGAAAGAACUUCGUUCCAGAGAUGUUACCAAAGAAUUGAACGGUAAAGAUAUCAAACCGCUCAACGAUUCCAAGGAUUUAAUGAAUGCCAAAGAAAUGCAGCAUAUAAAAAAUAUACUGAAUUCGAAAGAUAUCUCUUAUUCUAAAAUAUCGCCAUCCAAAGAUAAAGAUUUAUUCAAUGAUUUUUUACAUCCGAAGGAGUCGUCCCAGAAUUGUACAGACGAUCCUCUGCACAAAGGUACGCUUCAUUAUAGCGAUUUAACUCUUCGUAAAGAAAUGCACUUUUCUAAAUCUUACUCAAAACUUACCUACUCGAAAGAAGUUCAGCGAUCUAAAGAAUUACUCAAAGAAAGAUAUCUGCGAGAUUGCUCAAAGAUGAAGUACAAAGAACUAUUCAAAGAUGGCGAUAAAGAGGAUGUUGAGAAACAAGUCGAGGUCAAAAAUCAAAUCGAGUUCGAGUCUAAUAAUUCGGAAGAAACUUAUGUACCCAAAACCACAUCAAAAAUUCCGAUUAAAGAGAGCGUCGUGAAUUUGGAUUCUGACGAUUCAGGACACGACGAACCCAAAGCCAAAAAGCUGUCUGAAAAUAAAUCCGCGGUGUUAUCUAAAGAAAAGUCUGAAGAAGAAACAGAUUGUACGGAAAAUCAAAACUCUGAUAAAUCAGAAUUUCUGAAACCAGAAAACAAAGAUCAGCUAGAGGUUAAAAAGGCUACACCACCUACUAAAAAAGAUCUCAUCGUUAGGAAACUGAAAUAUCACCUGAAAAAAAUUAUGGGUGAAAAAAAAGACUUGAAUUUACUGCUGGGCAUGUAUAAAAAUAUGAAUAAAACGGACGAAGAAAGAGUGAAACUGAUGGUUUCCGAGCAAAAGCUGAAAACUGAGUUGGAUGAAGUGAAAAGACAAAUGCGACGAAUCGAGGAAAGCAGAUGCGAUGAUAGGAAAGAUUUAGUAGACGUUGUCAUGACUCGUAAAAUUAAAUACCUCUUAGCGAAACGUAGAAGACUUCAAAAAAAAAUUGAAGAAGCUAGAGAUUCUUUAUUAUGCGGAGAAAUGGAAAUCACUGGGCAAGUAUGGGAUGAAUUACAAGCCCAGAAUACUAGACUUCAUCAACUUUUACGAGAAAAAGAUGACGAGAAUUUGAAAUUAAUGACUGAACGUGUAAAAUCUAAUCAACUUUAUAAUCUCUCCAAAGAAGAAAAUGAAACUAUGAUGCAACAUAUUAACUUCAAUAACGAGAAAAUUGAAACGAAAAGUGAGAUUAUUCAAAAAUUAGAAGAGAGAGAAUUGGCAUACAGAAAUCGACUGACGUUUUUUGAACAAGAACUAGUUAUACGCAAAAAAGCUUGCGAAGUGAAUAAACGUAAAGCCGUGGAAAAUGCGCAGACACACGCGAAUCUCAAAAGACAACUCGAAAAAUAUCAAAAAUUAUCCCACGAAGUUCAACAACAAAAAAUUGAGAAAAGUGCUCUACUUGAAUCUAAAAUGCAGAAAAAUAAUAGUUUAUUGGAGGAAAUAUCCCAGCUGAAAAAGAAACUGGAACGAAUGAAGAAGUACGAAUCUGUUGGAACCUUAGAGGCGAUAUUGGCCGAAGAACUGCGCGAAUAUAAAAAUAUUCUGACAUGUCCCUCCUGUAAAGUUAAUACAAAGGACGCCGUAUUAAUCAAAUGUUUUCACGUUUAUUGUUUGAAUUGCAUUAAAACUAGGUAUGAAACUCGCCAGCGUAAGUGUCCCGAAUGCUGCGCUCCAUUUGGAGCCAAUGAUUAUCAUCGUCUAUUUUUAUUCAAUUAAUUAGAUAAUUACGAGUAGGGGAGAGCUGCCCAAGAUGGCAUAGUGUCUAAGAUGGCAUAGUGACGAUUACUCGAAAACUACACAUUGAAAAAAAAAUUUUUUUCGCUUAAAAUGUUGUCAACACUGUAAACACUGAAUCCCGGUAUGUGACAAAUUGUUCAAUGCCGAAAAUCAAAAAAAAAAACGACAAACAAUUUUUUGCUAGUUGAAAGUUUUACAUUUCUGCUACUUUAGAAGGAGUUAUUGGUAUGAAAAAUAUUUUGUUGCAAAAAAGUGGAUGCGAAUACGAAAAGUAUAAGAAAAAAGGCUUGUAAUGAGCUAAUAGUUAUAAUAAUUGCAUCACCUUAUAUGCUUCUAAUAUCAUUCUGAAAUAUAUCAAUGUGUUUGCCCAAGAUGACAUAGCAUUUUUUGUCCAAGAUGGCAUAUACCAAUAACAUUGUGUUUUCAUAAAAAAAUGUUCAAAUGAGUUUUUCUUCAUUUUUGAAAUAGUUUUAAUGGUAUUUCAGCUUUUGCACUUAAAUUUUGUAAUAAAAACCACAUUUGAUCAAGUUUUUCUUCAUUUUUGAAAUAUUUUCAUAGGAAUUUCAGCUUUUGCAAUAAAAACCGCAUUCCCUCGAGUUUUUCUUCAUUUUUGAAUUAUUCGCAUACGCAUUUCAGCUUUUGUACUUGAAUUUCGUUAUAAAAACAGCUUUUAAUCGACUUUUUCUUCUUUUUGGGAAAAUUUUUAUAGGUAUGCCAUCUUAUCCAUACCAGUGUCCAAGAUGGCACAUUUGGAACUUUUUUUAAAAAGGCAAAUUACAGGUACUGAAAAUGAGUAAAAUUUUAAAACCAGGGGGGGGGGAAUUUGUAGCCAAAUGUUCAUAGUUUCAGAUGGUGUAUUCAUUUUUUCGGAUAAUUCAUUAUAGCGCCCUCCAGAUUGCAAAAUGUGCAAAGUAUGCCAUCUUAGGCAUCUCUCCCCUAAAUGAUUGAUUGGCAAAGGUUGAUUUAAAAUACUUACCUAAGGAUAGGAAUAUUUGCAUGCGAAACUUUAAUGUUUUGAAAACGUGCUGAAUGUGCAGUUUUGAUGUUCAUUAGUAAUUGUCUUAAAAUGGAUUAUUGUUCAUGAAAUUAUUGACAAUAUAUUACAUCUUGUUUUACGCAA